GAUUUCCUAACGAGAUGGUCAUUCAACUUGUUGCUCCUCCCUCGUGUCUGCGGGGAAUUCAAACGAAAAUUUAACACUUGAAAAAUAUAUUUGCACGUCUUAGAAGGAUGCAAAAGGUGAUAUAGGUAGAGCGAGAAAACUUAGGAACACUCAGAUGGUAGAAGGAGGGGAUCUAAAUGGUGAUUUGACGUCGAAAUUAUAACUUUUCGCUGUGAUAACAAUGGCUCAAAAUACGUCUCUCGAGAAGCCGAUAUUACAUGUGGAAAUUCUUCAGAGGAGAAGAAGUGUAAUGGCCAAAGAUGUACUCAUGCAUGAAGUAGACACCAUGCUGAAAAAUAUGGGCAAGACCUAUGUAGAUUCCCAUAUCAAAGAGUUCCCCAACAGUGGGCUCCAAGAACAUAUUCUUCAUAUCAAGAUAUGUGAAGUGCAAGAUAAUGCAGAUAUAAAUGAAGUAGAAUUGUCUAAUGUCCUGCCCAGAUAUUAUGUGUACCAGCUAGAAUGCGAUGGUCCAGGGAUUGAAGAACUUAAUGAGGGAGAGGAAGAAAUUCCAGCUGCCACUUACUGGAUCUUGCCUGCAGCAGAGUUUGAUAACUAUUGGGAGAACCUAGUGUUUGAUACAAACAUCAAAGAAGAACUCCUGAACUACAUUCGCACAACACUACUCUUCUCAGACAGAAAAAUCUGUGAGAGUAUCAUUAGUUGGAACAAAGUUGUGCUGCUUCAUGGACCCCCAGGAACUGGAAAAACUACCUUGAGUAAAGCACUUGCACAAAAACUAAGUAUCCGCCUCGAACCACGCUACAAAUAUGCCCAACUUGUUGAAAUCAAUUCA